AUGAGCACCGAAUCGGGAGUCAAGACACAGCCGACCUUUGACAUAGUCGCGACAUAUCGGCGCAUCCUUAAAGAUGACCCGGAACUUACUAUGCCCGUGGCGGCCAUCGAGGCGCUCGUAGAAGCCAUUGCACAGAGCUCCGUUUCGACCGUCGCCGAAACACUCGACCUUCUCGAACGGCACACAGCUGCCCUGAAGGCCUCAAUCGCGAACCCCAUCUCUCUUUCCGCCGGCACAGAUCUCUUCCAGCGCUAUCUGAUCACAACGCUUAACCGCCCCGCAAGCCUGAACCUGGGCCCAGACGACGACUUCCGCGCGAUACGGAACCACCUGCUCUCCAACGGCAAACUCUUCGUAGACCGUGCGAAACAGAGCAGGGAGAAGAUAGCGAGCUUUGGCAAGCACUUUAUCCGCGACGGCGGCACAGUGCUCACAAAUGGUGGUUCGCGAGUAGUGGGCGCGCUACUGAGAAGGGCAGCCGAGUCAAGCACUCUCCGCUUCAAGGUCAUAUACGUCCUGCCUUCAUCAAGCUCGUCGGACGCGAAAGAGGGCCUUCAGACCGUGGCCGACCUCCGAGACCACAACGUCCCAGUAGCCACGAUCCCAGACUCAGCCGUCGCCUACUCCCUCGGCAAAGUCGACAUGGUCAUUGUGGGAGCCGAAGGUGUCGUAGAGAACGGCGGUAUUAUUUCGCGCAUGGGCACAUAUCAGUUGGGCGUACUAGCCAAGAGCAAAGGAAAGCCCUUCUACGUGGUUGCCGAGAGCCACAAGUUUGUCAGGCUAUAUCCCCUCAGCCAGUUUGAUUUGCCCAUCGAGCAGAAGGUGCUAGACUUCAAGGUCGCAGAGGAACCAAAGGAAGAACAAAAGGCGAAGAGUGACGAAGAGCAACGGAACGUCUUCGACGAAGCCAUCGCAGAUAUGGCUGCCAAGGGGUCAACAGUCGCUCCACUCGACGCCCAUGACGCUGUUGAUUUCACGCCACCUGAUCUGAUCUCUGGUAUCAUUACUGAGUCCGGCGUCCUCACCCCGUCUGCCGUUUCAGAGGAGUUGAUCAAGAUAUGGUUUUGA